CCAUGGCCGACCGCAACACGUCCCCCAAGCGCCGAAGGGAGGAUGAUGAUGAAUAUGAUUCUCCGCCGCGAAAACGCUCAGCAUCGCGCACGCCGCCCAAUGGCUCUCCUCAGUAUAGGCUAGCGGAGCGGCCGCGACGGUAUAGCAGGGAGGAUAGCGAGGAUGACAGGAGAUACUACAGAAAUCGGAGGAGCCCACGCUCAGGAUCUCGGUCAAGGACACCGCGCUCGAGAUCAAGAUCAAGGUCCAUAUCCCAGCGUCGCUCACGGUCCCCGCACCCCAGCCCACCCCCGCCAAAGCCCACAGAGCUCUUCUACAAACCCGCCAUGAUCCUCCGCGGCCACAAGAAAGGCAUAUCAUCAGUCAAGUUUUCUCCUGACGGCCGCUGGAUAGCAAGCUGCUCCGCAGACUGCACGAUCAAGAUCUGGGACGCGAAGACGGGAAAGCUAGAGCACACACUUGAAGGCCAUCUCGCCGGCAUUUCCACCAUCGCUUGGUCUCCCGACUCCAAGAUCCUUGCGUCAGGCUCGGACGACAAGUCCAUCCGAUUGUGGGACGUGGCGACGGGCAUGGCGCAUCCGACUCCGUUCAUCGGCCACCACAACUAUGUCUACUCCAUCGCGUUCUCGCCGAAAGGCAACAUGCUCGUCAGCGGUUCCUACGAUGAAGCUGUCUUCCUUUGGGAUGUCCGCGCAGCUCGUGUCAUGCGCUCGCUUCCAGCUCAUUCGGAUCCCGUCGGUGGGGUAGAUUUCGUUCGAGACGGCACCCUCAUUACAAGUUGUUCGCACGACGGCCUGGUCCGAGUGUGGGACACUGCAACCGGCCAAUGCUUACGCACACUUGUGCAUGAGGAUAACGCGCCUGUAACAUCAGUCAUCUUCUCCCCAAACGGAAAGUACGUCCUAGCAUGGACGCUCGACUCCUGUGUCCGGCUCUGGAACUACAUCGAAGGGAAGGGCAAGUGCGUAAAGACGUAUCAGGGGCACAUCAACAAGAAAUACAGCUUGUCAGGAGCAUUUGGGACGUAUGGUUCUGAUCCACCUUACCAAUACGCAUUCAUUGCCUCAGGGAGCGAGAACGGCGACAUCGUGCUAUGGGACGUCAGCACAAAGAAUGUCUUGCAGCGAAUAGAGGGAGGCCACGGAGACGCAGUGCUUUCAGUGGACACUCAUCCGACCGAAAAGGUCUUCGUCAGCGGAGGACAGGACAGGACAGUGCGGGUGUGGAAAGAAUCAGCACUACCUCCGCAACCUGCUGGAGAACCGACAACCAACGGGUACGACCCUGACAUACUGCCACCGAAUCCAUUCGCGGAUGGCUAAACUCCGUGUGUUGAUUAAGAUAAUUGGACCCCGGACGUGUGGUUUUGUAGAUACCCCUGAAAGUUUAGCACAGCAUAGCAUCGUACGAAAAGCAUUCCCGGUUGCGUGAGCUUCUUUG